UGUUAUAGCCACCGUUAUUUGCAUACUUGUUGUAUAUUCCUCCCCUCGGCUUCUUCACGAGAUAUUUUUGUUCCUCUUUCGUUACUGCUAAGUAGUUUGCUAUCAAGCUGCUAUACACAUUUGCAUCAUCUUCAAGAUCAUGGAAAGGAACUGCAACUUGGAACUUCGCCUUGAAACGCCUUCGUUCGAUGAUCAUACAAUCGCAGAAAAAACUUGCCCCAGCCAACUUAUGAAGGAGGAGAUGAGAAGUCCAAAUUCAGAAGAGAAGCAGGAUAAUCGAAAGCUAACCAUUUUCUACAAUGGAAGAGUCAGUUCUUGUGAUGUUACCGAUAUUCAGGCUAGAUCCAUUAUAUUACUUGCAACACAAGAAAUUGGUGGAGAGAAGCUGACGACUCCAGCUUCCUCAGGGACAUCUUCCGAGUCGUCCUCAAAGCCCCAACAGUAUUAUAAGCAAAAUAAAGGUCUUUCGAUGAAGAAAUCUUUGCAGCAAUUUCUGCAAAAGAGGAGGACUAGGAUCCAAGCAACAUCUCCUUAUUCUACUCAAUAGGAUUUGCUUAAAUUUUUUUGAUUCCUUGAUUAACAAUUUUGCACUAGGAAAAUAUAGUAUAUGCAUACAAAGUUACAAACAGAUGCAUGUGUUCCAAGAGCAAUAGACAGACUUGUAAUUUGCAUUUGGAUUGCAUGAGUAUUGCUUUGGUCAGCUGGCUAGUAGAAUUUUAUGGGUACAAUAGCAUGGUGUUGUUAUGUUA